AUGGUACACAGCCCUGGGGUCGUGAACUUCUCGGACGUGGCCGUGUACUUCUUGGGGGGCUGGGGGUGUCGGCGGCCAGCGCAGAGCGCCCUGUACCGGGACGUGAUGUGGGAGACGUACGGCCGCCUGGGCGCGCUCGGAUUUUUAGGCCCCAAAUCCGCUUUUAUUUCUUGGGUGGAAGGAGAGGUGGAGGCCUAGGAUCCAGAGGGUGAGACCCCAGCAGCUGUCAUCAGAGACGGGGGGGGGGGGGAAGGAUCCGGGGAUGACAGUGAGGAAAAAGAACUGAACAAGAGUCCAAAACAAGAGACGGCGCAUGAGGAAGUGUCUCUCAAGGAGUGGUUACCAUCCAGCAGGCCACCUGGCCCCAGUCACAAAGCCACCUGCCCAGAGCUACUGGACUCUGGGCAGAGCCCAAUCUAGCCUUGGUUCAAGGACAGUACAACCCACAAAUCAGCCUACGCUUGCCCAAACUGUGGCCACAACUUCAGCUACCCCUCCCUCCUGGCCACUGGGGAGCGGCCCUUCCGGUGUGACCAAUGCCAGGCUCGUCUCUCCCAGUGCAAGCAUCUGCUCCAGCAUCAACUCUUCCACACAGGUGAAAAGCCCCACUCUUGCCCUGACUGUGGGCAACGUUUCCACCAGAGGGGUUCCCUGGCCAUCCACAGGUGGGCUCUCACACCUGGGAGAAACCCCCCCCCCCAAGACUGCAAAAGUCACUUCACUUACCCCUACCUGUUAGCCAUCCACCAGCGCAAGCACAGUGGGGAGAAGCCUGACAGCUGUCCCAGCUGCAGCCUCUGUUUUGCCUACACCUCCCUGCUGGCUGGCCAUACUCAGGUGCACACAUACAGGCGCACACACUGUGUGGACUGUGGCCUCUGCUUUACCUAUAUCUUUCUUCUUCUCAGUCACCGGCACAUUCACUCUGAUAGCCCGCCCUUCUCCUGCCCACAAUGUGGGAAAGGCUUUAAGCGCAGGUAUGCCUUGGAAGCCCAUCAGUGGAUCCAUCGCUCCGGCGAGAGCCUGAGGGAGCAGUGGCCUGUGUUAGGGCUUUCAGAGCCGAUCCCUGUUUUGGGGCCUCCAGUUCAUUUCCGGUACUUUCCAGGUAUAUUUCAAGAAAGUGGGUGA